AUGCUGAGCCGUUUCAUGAGUGGCAGCAUCAGGAAUCUGGAACGAGAAUACAACUGUACCGUGAGGCUGCUGGAUGACUCGGAGUACACCUGCACGAUCCAGCGUGAUGCAAAGGGACAGUACCUGUUUGAUCUCAUCUGUCACCACCUUAACCUGCUGGAGAAGGACUACUUUGGCAUCAGAUAUGUGGACCCAGACAAACAGAGGCACUGGUUGGGGUUUACAAAAUGUAUUGCCAAACAAAUUAAAUCCCAGCCUCCAUUCACCAUGUGUUUACGUGUCAAGUUUUACCCUCCCGACCCGGCUGCCCUGAAAGAGGAAAUCACAAGAUAUCUAGUCUUCCUACAGAUCAAGAGAGAUCUGUACCAUGGUCGUCUCCUGUGUAGGACGUCGGAUGCUGCCAUGUUGGCUGCCUACAUACUACAGGCUGAGGUUGGUGACUAUGAUCCUGGAAAGCAUCCUGAGGGCUACAGCUCUAAGUUCCAGUUCUUCCCUAAACACUCAGAGAAGCUGGAGAGACGCAUCUCUGACAUCCACAAGACAGAACUAAUAGGACAGACUCCAGAAGAGUCUGAGCUGAACUUCCUGCAGAAGGCCCAGGAGCUGGAGACGUAUGGUGUGGACCCUCACCCCUGCAAGGAUGUGUCAGGGAACCCUGCCUUCCUGGCCUUCACUCCGUUUGGCUUCACUGUCCUGCAGGGGAACAGGAGAGUCCAUUUCCUCAAUUGGGACGAGGUGACAAAGCUGAAGUUUGAGGCAAAGACAUUCCAUAUAUAUGCAAAUCAGAAAGAGGACAAGAAGAUCAUCUUGACAUAUUUUGCACCUACACCUGAGGCCUGUAAACAUCUGUGGAAGUGUGGAGUUGAGAAUCAGGCUUUCUACAAGUUGGACAAGUCCAGCCAGGUCAGAACGGUGUCCAGCAGUAAUCUGUUCUUCAAAGGAAGUAGAUUCAGAUACAGUGGCAGGGUUGCUAAGGAAGUGAUGGAGCAAAGUGCCAAAAUAAAACGGGAACCUCCAGAGAUUCACAGGGCUGGUCUGGUACCCAGUAGGAGCUGUCCUUCCAUCACCCACGGCCCAAGGCUGACCAGUGUCCCCCGACAAAGACGGAGAGCUGUACACAUCUCCAUCAUGGAGGGCCUGGAGUCCCUACGAGACUCAGCCCACUCCACACCCGUGCGUUCCGUCUCCCACGGCGACUCCUUCAUGCCGCGACACCGUCACCACACAACAGAUGCAGGCGAGUGCGGGUCAUCCCAGCGGGUCAUCUCUGACGAGGCCUACUGCCCCUCGGACAGUGUGCUGCCCACCCCCACGGCUGAACACAGCCUGGAGCAAGCCGUGGCACGCCACCCUAAUGGAGCCCCCUGCAGCAUCGAAGAGGAGGAGUCGGAGGCCGGGACUCCUGAGGGACAGGUGGCUGAGUUUGGCCCCGACGGCAGAGUGCUUCGGCUGGGUCGGACCAGGAAGUCUCUCCCUAACAAGGAGGUGCAGGAGCUACAUAAGUUCAUCCUGAGUGUGUUGCGUAUGUUCCUGGUGACCAUGGGACUGCUGUUUGCCCUGCUCUCCCUCCUCAUCAUGCUGACUGAGUCUGACCUGGACAUCGCCUUCCUCCGGGACAUACGCAAGACGCCUGAGUUCCAGCAGUUCCACUUUGAGUAUUUCUGCCCUCUCAGACGGUGGGUUGCCUGCAAGUUCCGCUGGAUGGGAGGCUUCCUUAUAGACAAGUGAGAAAGACUGAGCGAUGGAGGGAGAGAAAGAAGAGUGAAUGACAAAGAGGCCUCUGAGAGGACAUACGUGAAGGAUGGAGGGAGGAUAGGAGGAAGUCAAGGAAGGCUGUAGACAGGAAGGGAGGGCUGCUCCAUCUGAAUGGGAAUUAACCUAAAGCUUCUCCCACAAGUCACUUCCUGUUACAAGCCAAGGACCGCCCCCUUCGCUGACCCUCUUCCCUUUUCUAACCAUCAGACUGAACGGAGGACAUUUUCUGAGCUCAUGUUUUACUUUGGAAAUUCAGGUCAUUUCAAGGUACUUUAUUUUUUACUAAGAGACAAGUUAACAGAGUUAUAAAACAACAUAAAAUGAGACGUCUGAGGUCUGUUAUAGGCCUGGGAGGAAACACAUAUUAUUCAACCAACAGAACAGUUGCCUUUAUUUUCUAUUACUUCAUAUGAACAUCAAUUGUAAGAGAGAAAAAAACUGUAUAAUAAUAAGAUGGAUACAAAUAUAUUAGAUGGACAUUGAUAUAAAAAUAGAGUUGUGAAGUGUUGAGUUGUGUACUGUCCAAUGAGUUUGAGCUGAGAAAGGAUGAGAGAGAGAGAUGAAAAACCAUGCCUUUUACUCAUUUGGGGUCAACAUCUAAAACAUCCAUGAUAAUCAUUCUAAUGCUGCUGAAACUUUCAUUUGGGCUGCUAUUGGAUGAGAAACAUUUCUACUGGCAGGAGUACUGAAGUCUGGAGUCUGAAAAAGAAACAAAGAUAUGAUAUUCAAUAGAAGAUGUAAAAAGGUACGUUUUUGAAUGUACAGUACUAUUCAAAAGUUUGGACACACCUACUCAU